GGCUCGAAUCCCAGCAGCCACAGUUCUAACCUUUUAUCCGAACUUCAUGUUUUUUUUCUUCAAAAUUUUGUUUAACUAACUUUUUUAUUCACGACCAAUGGCGCUUAUAUUUGGCUUGGAGGAGCAGAGAGCGAGAGCGAGAGCGAAGGUGGGUAUGGUAGCAGAAUGGGCAGCGACAGCGAACAUGGAUGGCGUUAUACAUGGGAAGCGCAGUCGCACAUCUCAACGCUGCGUUUAAUGGUCUUCCCCAACGACAAAACCCUCAACCCCUCCCUCCAAUGCCACGACCUCACCGUGAACCUUCACUCCUCCCACGCUUUCCUCACCCUCACCGCCUCCUCCCUCUCCCUUAGGGUUCCGCUCCCCGUCGUCCUCCUCGACGGCGACUCUCCGCUCACAUUCCGCCCACUCUCCGAUCACAUCGAGGUGAAGCUCCUCCUCCUCCUUCCCGUCGACCACCCCAUCCUCUCCACUCUCGACCCUUCGCCGUCUCCGCCAACGGACCCUCUCGUUUCACAAUCCGAUGUGGAAAAAUUGUCUUCUGCAGGAGAAGUUGACUUUUACUGCAGAACUUGCGCCUUCAAGUUGACCAAAGUUCCUCUCAGGACUUUUGUUGAAAUGCCUUCGGUGAAUUGGAGAGAGGUGGCUGAUAACUGGUUUGGGGCUUGUUGUUGUUCGUUUGGAGGGAUAAGUGAGAAGAUGGUGAUGAGGUAUGUGAGUUCAUAUAUGUGCGCGCCGGGGAUGUGUCUAUUGAGUUCUACUUCUGUCACACUUUGCAAGGAUGAUCUUGUGGAAUGUGAUUUUCUUGAAGGGUGUGGAGAGCGAGAGUGGAGUUGUGUAACGGAAAACCCUGGAGAUGAUAGUGGUGGUAAAGGCAUGAGAAACUGUGAAUUGGAUGGUGAGAGAACUUCAACUUGGAGUGAUGAUGGGGGUGUUGACAAUGGGUGUGAAGAGCAAGAGUGUAGUUCUAUAGUAGAAAACCCCAGAGAUGAUGGUGCUGGCAUAGGCAUGAGAAACUGUGAAUUGAGUGAUGAAGGAACUUCAACUUGCAUCGAUGAUGGUGGUGUUGGCAAAGGGUGUGGAGAGCAAGGGUGUAGUUCUAUUUCUAUAGCAGAAAACCCCAGAGAUGAUGGUGUUGGCAAAGGCAUGAGAAACUGUGAAUUGAAUGGUGAAAGAGAUUUAACUUGCAGUGAUGAUAGUGGAGUGACUCUUGCUUUUGAUGAGAGUUCUAGGUUUGCACAUCCUGAGAAUGAUAAGGCUUCUGUGAAUUCCAGAUGUGAGUUUGUUAAGAAUGAACCUGAUCAUAGUGAUUUCUCUGACUCACGUCCAGAUUCAGAUGAUGCCAAAGAUGUGAACCAAGCUUCUAGUUGUUGUGCUCAUAUGACAAGCAAUCUUGGGAAUGGUGACAGGGAACAUCAUUUAUGUGGAACUGAUGGAAAAGAAGGGAUGUCAACUGAGACCGUGGAAAUUUUGGGAAAUCAAAAAUCCUUCCUCAACGGUUUUCUUGAAGAUAUUUUCAUGGCUAGAUUAUCAAACCUUUCAAAGGAUAUUGAUUGGCGUGAAUUUAGAUGUCCUCAAUGCACGUGUUUCCUUGGAGCCUACCCAUGUUUUGACGGCCAUACACUUGUAGAUGGGGGAAUACGAUUGUUCAAAUGUUAUAUUUCGACCAGUGUGCCAGUUGGAGGAUCAGGGGACAUGUUCAGCAAGUAUACAAUGGGCAAAAUGUUUGCAAAUCAGUUGAUGGAGUGUGCAAAUGAUGAAUCAUCAUUUAGGUUUGUCAUUAGAGAUCUGAGAACCCAAUCCCCAGUCCUGCAAAUCAUUCUCUUGAAUCCAGAUACUUGGUCCUGUUCUGGUAAUUGUUCUAGUGCAGAGGACAAAGACCCAGUUACUAAGUUAAAGUUACAGCCCAUCAUCAAAGUGCUUUUUUCUGACUGCCACAAUGCAACAGAAUCUCAAUUAAGGAUGAUAGAGGAAUGGACAACAAAGAGUUCGGCUGAAAACAUUUUCAUGUUGACUCGUCAAACACAAGAAUUGGUGGGGCUGUUCUUAUCAGCAAAAGAUUUUUAUCCACCUUCAUGUGGUUCCCUUCAAGGUUUAAUUUUGUCAUCUGUGCAGCGGUAGUAAUCUUCUCAUUAACUCAUUUGGCAGCCAAAGUUUAAUAGGGCUGAGGAAUGAAUAAAUGAAUGAAUGAUUAGUUUUAUAUUGUAUGAAGGAAAACCAUAGAUUAUAGCUAUAAUUUACUCUACAGAAUGGGAGCCAAAAUGAUAUUGGUAGACUUUUUGGAUACAUAAAUGGCGUCAAAGUGUCUUAUUAAACUAGUUAAUGAUGCUUAGUCUAGUGGUAGGAGUUGUAAUAGUAUGUACAGAGUCUUUGAAUCAUGUUAUUGGAAUUCCUUAAAAAAAAACUUCAUUAAUGCUGGCUAAAUUAUGUUAAAAUUA